GUUAAAUAUAUGUUUGACCGAAGAAAAAUAGAGUUAAAUAUGUUGUGCUAAAAGGAUAAAGAGAAGAGUUAAAUGUUUUUUAUUCUCUCUUUUACAAUCUUGUGGGUUAAAAGUGAAAACUCAUCCUCUGUAUUUUCAAACUCUUAUCUCUACGUGUGCACAAACCUCACCAUUAGAUGAUAAGUAGAAGACAAAACUUACAGCCAAACAGGCAAACUUAUCUCUCUCCACAACAUUUGGUCCAUACGAUAAAGCAAGAAGAAGAAUUAAGAAUUAGAGCAAGAAGAAGAAGAAGUAGAGAAUGAAGCAUGAAAUGAUGAACAUCAAGCCAAGAUGCAUAACCAUCUUCUUUCUUCUUUUUGCUUUGCUUCUUGGAAAUUAUGUAGUUCAAGCCUCAAGACCUCGUUCUAUCGAAAAUACGGUCUCCCUUCUCCCACAAGUACAUCUCCUGAAUUCAAGGAGGAGGCAUAUGAUAGGGUCGACAGCACCAACUUGUACGUACAACGAGUGCAGAGGAUGCAGAUACAAGUGCAGAGCAGAGCAAGUUCCAGUCGAAGGAAAUGACCCUAUCAACAGUGCUUAUCAUUAUAGAUGUGUUUGUCAUAGAUAAUAGUUGUUAAAUCUCUUCUCUUUUUGCCCUUUCAUUGCAAUUUUUGUACGACUUAAUUGCAUUUUGGUUUUUGAAUGAGAUGUUUUGGUCAAAUUUAUUAUUCAUUAGGGUUUCUUAAUUUUAUUUUUUUGUUAAUAUUAUUAAAAUACUAGUUUAUUCGCCAAUAGCGUUAUCAAGCUUCAUAAUCUUGUGUGCAUGGGGUAUUAUGGUAGGCUCUUGUUGGUACGUGUUGGUGUUGGUAUUGGAGUUAAUGAUGAUGGUGAAUGAUGGUGGAGAUGAUGAUAAAAUUUGGGUGGGUUGUUGUAUAAACAUAUAUGUGUUUAAAAUCCUUUGGAAAAAUCACAUGGUCCUGUGGUCCAAUUUUGAGACAUAAGU